AUGGCGGCUCGUGAUGGUCUUCCAUGGAAUCCAUCAAUUUAUACAAGUACUCUAUUACAACAUCUCAAUGCUCGUUCAGUAUCAGCUAUGAGACUUUUAUCAUUUUUUAAACAAAUACCUGAAUUUAAUGAAUUAAAUGUUCAAGAUAGAAUAACUUUAGUCAAAUACAAUUUAAUGCCACUUAUCAUUUUGAAUUGUACACUCGGAUAUAAUACAGAAAGUCAAAAAAUUAUUGAAGCUGAUUCAGAUGCACCUUGGGAUUCAACUAUACUCAUGAAAGUUCAUGGUCAUGAUAUAUAUAUGAAAAUUAGAAAAAUCUUUGAAUCAUUUGUACGUAUUGCACAAUAUGAUCAACGUAUUAUACAAUUAGCACUUAUUAUACUUAUUUUAACAAAAGGUUUUUCUACAAGUGAUGGAUUAACUGAACCUAUACUUAAUGAUGGUAUAGCUGUAUAUCGUGCACAAAAUUAUUAUACAGAACUUUUAUGGAAAUAUUUAGAAACAAUGCAUGGAUAUGGAAAAACUGUUCAUAUAUUUAAUGAACUUGUUAUUCAUUUUAUUUCAUGGCAAAUGCUUCAAGGAUAUCUUCAUCGUAAUUUAUGUAAUGUAUUAACACCAACAGAAAUGAAUGAAUUAUUACCGAUUAUGAAAUCAUUGUUACAUAUUCCAUAA